UCCAAACACAACCAUGUCGUCGUUCAACAAGAAUCUACUGACCUUGGCAUUGCUCAUCGUCGCCUCGCAUCGCGCGACAGCAGACUGCGAGACGACGACGACGGGAAUCAAGUGCAGAUUCAACGACGUGUGCGUGGACAUGUGCCUGCAGCGGGCCGGCGGCUACACCGGCGGCUACUGCUCCACGGCCUUCCUCUAUUGCGUGUGCACCAGGCCGUGCGCUGCGCAAUCGGUGACUCCGGCGGAGAAGCCGCAGCUGGCCGGCAACGGAGACGGCGGCAGGACGAUGGGAAUGGCCAACUGAUUAUAGUACGUCGCGCCGGAUUUUGGCUAGGUAAUAGGAGGCAUAUCAAACCAUGUAAAAUCAUGACUUUCGAUCCACACCGAUCUGCUCAUGUCU